UGAACAAAAGCAGGAAAAACCGAAUGACGAACUGUUUCAACCUUUACCUGCAGGCCCCGUCCUCGCCGUCACGAUGACCCGCGCCCUCUGCCUCAGCCUCCUCCUCCUCCUGCUGUCCCCCAGCUCUCCCGCUCGCGCCGAACCUCGGCGGGCCACGGCCUCUCAGCGCCGGCCGGCUCGCGCGCCAGCCGCCAAGGUGCGUCUGGCGGGCAACUUCGCGCGCGAGCCGCACGAGGGCCGCGUGGAGGUGCUGCACAACAACACCUGGGGGACCGUCUGCGACGACGAGGUGAACAUCAAACUGGCCAACGUGGUGUGCCGAGAGCUGGGUUUCCAGGCUGGCAUAACGUGGGCACACAGCGCCAAGUACGGAGAGGGAGAAGGCCCAAUAUGGAUGGAUAAUGUACACUGUGAUGGCUCAGAGAAGUCCCUGAAGGACUGCAAACACAAUGGUUGGGGGGUGAAUGACUGUAAACACUCUGAGGACCUGGGGGUGGUGUGCGCACCUGAACGCAGGCUGGAUCAGGCAUCCAUUAGAGGCCCCACCACCGCAGUCAGGCCUAAUGGUAGCCCCGCACCUCAGUGGCAGGGCAUUGUGGCCACCCGCAGCCACCCAGGAUACGGCUAUUAUGGAAACGGACAUCCAUAUGAGAUCCCCAGGUUCCAAAGACACCACCACUACCAGGGUCACAGUAAGGUGCAAAUCGAGGAGGUACGUCUUCGUCCCAUCCUCAUGGCUACCAAGAAGAAGAACCUGAUCACAGAGGGUGUGGUGGAAGUGAAGCAUGCUGGGCGAUGGAGGCAGGUUUGUGACCUGGGCUGGAGUCUCAACAGCAGCCGGGUUGUGUGCGGGAUGCUUGGCUUUCCAGAGGCCACUCAACACAAUGUUAAAACUUACAAGAAAAUAUGGGAUACCAAGGUUACAGAUCCUUCAACAAGAUUGAGUGCCAUGGCAAAGAAGAAGGGAUUCUGGGUAGAAAAAGUUCACUGUCUCGGCACUGAGAACACCCUGUCAGAGUGUCAUGCUCAGCUGUCAAUCCCCCGUAGUCCCACCCCCUGUAAGAAUGGGAGACAUGCAGUAGUCAAAUGUGUACCAGGACCCCAGUUUGCUCGCAUCUCCUCAGGAAGACCCCAGGCCCCUUAUCCAGUGGUGCCUGUGCGUCUGAAGGCAGGCCCCAGGCUGGGUGAGGGUCGUGUGGAGGUGCUCCGAGAAGGUAAAUGGGGGACCAUUGUGGACCAUAUGUGGGAACUAACUGCAGCCAGUGUGGUGUGCAGAGAACUGGGCUUUGGUACUGCCAAGGAUGCCCUGCAUGGAGCCUUUAUGGGUCAAGGUACAGGACCGAUCCAUAUGAACAGUGUUCAGUGUAUGGGGUCAGAGCGCUCCAUCCUAGACUGCUACUUCCAGGAAGUCCAACCAUGGACAUUCAAACACAGCCAGGAUGCCUCAGUACGCUGUAAUGUCCCUAAAACUGGCACAGAGAACAUGGUGCGGCUCACUGGGGGUAGAGUCCCAUCAGAAGGCCGUUUGGAGGUGUUGAUGGAGGUUGGGGGUCGUAAGCGCUGGGGCUCUGUCUGUAGUGAGAACUGGGGAAUCAACGAGGCCAUGGUGGUAUGCAGACAGCUCGGACUGGGCUUUGCUGCCAGUGCUCAUCAGGAGACCUGGUACUGGACCGGUGACCCAAAUGCAGCUGAGGUUAUUCUCAGUGGAACUCACUGUGUGGGCACAGAGCUGUCAAUUCAACAAUGUCGUCGCAACAACCAUGUCCAUUGUCCUCGCGGAGGUGGAACUAAGGCUGCCGGGGUCAGCUGUUCAGACACGGCACCUGACCUCGUUCUGGAUGCCCACCUGGUUCAGGAGACAGCCUACCUCGAAGACCGACCCCUCCACCUGCUGACUUGUGCCAACGAGGAGAACUGUCUGUCCUCAUCUGCUGCCAGGAUGAACUGGCCCUAUGGCCACCGUCGUCUGCUGCGCUUCUCCUCCCGCAUCAUGAACUUGGGUCGAUCCGAUUUCAGACCCAAAGCUACAAGAGAGAGCUGGACAUGGCACCAGUGUCACAGGCACUACCACAGCAUCGAGGUGUUCACACAUUACGACCUACUGACUCUGAAUGGCACGAGGAUUGCCGAGGGACACAAGGCCAGUUUCUGUCUGGAGGACACGUAUUGCCCUGAGGGACUCCAGAAGCGGUUCUCUUGCUAUAACAUGGGUGACCAGGGCAUUUCUGUGGGCUGCUGGGAUACCUAUCGCCACGAUAUCGACUGUCAGUGGAUUGACGUGACAGAUGUGCGGCCAGGAGACUACAUCUUUCAGGUGGAAGUCAACCCCUCAAUGGACAUGGCUGAGUCUGACUUUAUGAACAAUGUCAUGAGAUGUCGGUGCAAAUAUGAUGGCCACAGAGCUUACAUGUAUGGAUGUCAUGCAGGUGAUGCAUACAGUGCAGAGAUUGAAGACCUGUUUGAGCACCAGAGGCAAAUCACCAACAACUUUGUGUAGCCCAUCCCAGGGCCCAGUACGAAGGCCUUCCAUUGGGGCCCAGAGACUACUCGGUGUGGGCUGAGGUAGAUGGCCCUAGGCCCUUGGAACCUUAGCACCCGCAAUAACAGAGAACACGCAAAAUGGUUCCUGUUCAUCUCCCUGGCAGAUGUGGAUUAAAUAUUCAUAAGAGCAUCAUAUCGCAGCAGCGACCACUGCAGAGACUCCAUUCUCAACUCGAACAGCCAUUGACAACAAGAGUGGAACCGGUGCCAUAUGGCUCAACAUGUUUUUUACUCUAGUUAUGUACGAAGAUAUUGGAUAUUGUUUCAUACUAUACUGAUUUUUGUGAAUGCAGACUACUAGUAACUUAAAGUUAGUAAUUCAAACUGUAUUCGCAUGAAGAGACCUUACGGUCACUACAACUAACAUGUCACAAACACAAUUGGGAAGUCGGCACUGUUUGGAAAUCUCGAUCCCACACUAGAUGAUAGGACAAUCUGAGAAAAAUUAAUAAUAUUGUGAGUUUGUAUACUAUCAUUUGUAAAAGGCUAAUUAGUGCACUUGUAGCAAGAAAAAUACUAUAACUGGCUCAGUGGGCAUUAUUUUACCCAAAUUCUUUACUCAUUGGAUCAUUUGUUCACUGUUGCGCUUUUACAUUACUUCAGUAUUGGUGCUUUUUAACAAUACUGUAUGUUGUUAUAUUAACCUCACUACGUUUCAGGUGAACAGUGUUGUACAAUGCAUUUUUAGUAGCUCUCUUUUACAGUUAAUUUGGUAUUUUAUUAUUGCUUUGGUUUUAACAAAAUCAUUGUUUUAUAAAAGUGUAGUUGUGCUACAAAGUUUUGCUUCUCAUCUAGAAAAGGUAAGAAGAGGUCAAAUGAUUUUUAUGGAACAAAGCACUUUAUCUUUUAAACAUCAGUAUUCUAGUUUUGCCCCCACACUUUUUUUAAUUAGCCACCAAAUUGACUUUUUUGGGUGUUUAUCUAAAAAAUACUUUAUUGUUUUACAUUUCAGAAAGUGAAAUAUAAGGUUUGUGUUUAGUUUUCAUAUUCAAUGUGCUAUUUAUGUUGUACCUUUAUUUAUUCAUGGAACUCACACUUACACAGCAUGCUCAGUAAAGAGUUUGUUAGCUAUCAUUUCAUUAACAAUACUGAAUAUUAUUUUUUUUGACAUAAUUAACUAGGGGAAAAAGAAUGAUUUCAUAGAGUAGUUACAGGUCAUAGUAUUAGAACAUUCCCAUGAUGCUCAGUUUUAGACUCCCAAGUGAACAUCACAAAGAUGAGUAAUUACAGAUUUAUUUUAUUUUAGCUUAGUUGAGUUAUUAAAAAAAACUAACGGUACAGUCUUUCUCUUCCACCUUCUCUGAUGGGAGGGAAAACCAUGCUGACAAAACCACAGUAUUGUGGUAGGCAGGCAGGCUGGGUUUUGAGAGCAUAUAAAAAGCCUUUUAAUUACGUCUGUUUGGAUUAGAUUUAAGGUUACGGUUAAGGUUAGGGCUAUAGCACGUGCUUUGUAAAGAAACACUGGAAUUGUUACUUAUGGGAUUAUGGAAAGUGAGAAUCUGGAUUUCCAUUUUAACACAAACUACAAGAAAGAUUCUGAGUUUCUGAGAGAUUUAGUGAAGGAGAUGGUGACUAAAAGAAAGAAUGAGAAAGUAAGAAAGAAAGGUAGGAAGGGAUGAAGUUUGGAGAAAGACUUAUGCAGACAUACCGUUUUCACUACCAGAGUUGCCUUUUUGUAGGCAUCCAUACAGCGACCACAAGCCGGCAUUUUCAGCUCCCCAAACGAGAACAACAUGUUUGUCUGGGAGAAAAAAAUAAACUCCUCGAUUCACGCUUCAACACAGUAAACAGUGGCCUUAUUUUUACUAAAAGCUUGGCCUGCUAAACUGUAUCUCUCUACACUUUCUUUGUGGGAUAAGGAACCUCUUAGCACCACACCAAACCAUGAUCCAGGUCCAUUUUCUUUACAACAUGGAACUUGUGUUGAUCAUGUUGUUUUACAUCAUUAACGUGUUUGAUGUGUUCGGCUUAUUGUCUUCGCGGUUAAACCUGUUCAGAUGGUGCCUAAGGGACAUUUUCCAGAACACAUUGUGGACAGGACACGUCACUCAUAAAGACUCUUUUUAGACUUAAUUCAUUUCCUAGACAGAUUGUCUUUCUCCUCAAUGGCCUUCAUGAUUUGACUCAUCAACAUGAUUUUGAGUUGUAUCUUUUUAGGAUAAUCUUUUAUAAUCAGGCACACCUGGCCAAAAACAGUCAGCCCUAUUACUAAAAACUGUUGAUAGAAGUGUUUAGAAGUCUAAAAUGAGUGUUUGCUGAUAUACUUUUUUGUUUUGUGUUUGUGUACAGUUCCUUGUGACAUAUUACCAUGGUCUAUUCUAUGUGUUAUUUAAAAUUAUAUGACAUUACAUAGCUUAAGUUGGUUCAUAUUCACCACUGUCAUCAUAUUACUGUAUUUGCACCCAUGCUAUGGGCUUAGCACUGGGAUAUUGUUCUCUAUGGCCAGUUACACCUUUAUUUUGUCUUAAAAACACUGAGAGUGUGCGCUACGUGGUUCUUAUCAACAGUUAUAUUCUCAGAAAGCUGUGCUCUCAGGGACUUUGACCUCAUCUAAAGAGUAAAAAUAAUGUUUCAUGUGAUGUGAUUUAGGUUGCCUUUAGAUGUGAUGCAUACACGAUGACACCAACUGAUCAAGAGCUGGGUUUCUUUUUAAAUGUUUUUUUUUUUAAAUGUGUACCCACGUUUAUUUUGCUGGUAAAAUUUUACGGUAUGAAGAUGGUAGGCUUUGUUAGGUUUUUCAUUGAGGAAAGUUAGGAUAACUGUGGAUACACUUGCUGAGUCAGAGGCAAGUUUCGGUUGAAAGAG